AGCCCGCAUUUCGCCCGGAGCGUUAAGCGCAUGCGUUGGUCGGGCAGGCUCUCUCUAUAUAUGUGUGUGUUGUGCUGUACACGCAUAGACACGGAGAGGCACACACACACACAUAUAUAUAGACGUGCAGGGAACUAACUCGAUGUGUGUAUAUAUUAGCGGAACUAUAUGUAAGUGAGCGCUGCCACAAAGGCUGGAAAAAGGAGCGCAACGAAUUCGUAGGCUCCGCUCUGCACGGGCGUCAUAGGAGGCUGUCAGCUGCUAUACACACACACACUAUACACACACAUGCUGUGUAUAUAUAGUGUGUGUGUAUAUAGUGUCUGUCUGCACGCAUAGUACGCGUGUCGACAAAUGAAUGCGCUGUCUAUGAGAAGUCGCGGGGAAAGGAGGGCGCGGGUCGGGGGGCGCGUUUUUGUAUUUAUCACGGAGUUUGAAAGUGGCGUGUUGUUAGUUCAGUUUCAGCAAGCCACGCUUUCGCGCAAUCACGGCAGAGUUCGUGCGGGGAGCCUCUAAACGCCCGGCCGGCCAGGGCUGUACGCGUGUAUCGUCAUCAGCUGGGCUCAGGAGGAGGAAUACGCUGCGGGUAGAUCGGGACGUUGCUAUCUCUCACGCUUCUGUGUCGACUCCGAGGCGCGGAGAGCCAGCCGUGAGCGCUCUACGCGGAGGCCGCCGCAAUGGAGCGACUGCUUGGGUUCUGCUACGUCUGGCUGCAUCUGGAUGUGUUCACCCUCCUCCUGGCCGCGACUAAAGGCGAGAUCCGCUGCUACUGCGACGCGGCGCACUGCGUGCCCACGGGCUACAUGUGCAAGUCGGAGAUGUCCGUGUGCUUCCGUCGCCUGUUGGAGCCCACGGACCCGCGCUCGCCGCUCGCGCACGGCUGCAUCGAGGCCCUGUCGCCCUCGCCGCCGCACCCGUGCCACGCGCCGCGCCCCCGCAACCACACGGGCCGCUGGCCGGUCGUGCGCUGCUGCCAGGACGACAUGUGCAACUACAACGCGCUGAGCGACCGGCUGCCUGCACUGCCGGCUCGUGCAGACACCCCCGCAGCAGAGCAUGCGCCGCGGGGCGCCGGCGGUCCCGGCCGUGGUGCCGGAGGCCUCCCCGCGGCGUGGCCCCCGUCGGACGCGAACGGCUCGCGCGAGCUCUGGUUCCGCGCCGCUGUCAUCGCGGUGCCCGUGGCGGGUGCCCUGGCGCUCGCCCUGCUCGUGGUGCUCGCCCUGCGCAUGCUGCGCAGCGAGUCGCGCUGCCGCCGGCGCGACGCCGGUGCCCGGCGGCGCCUCCCGUACAGCUGGCCCCACCGCGAGCCGCCUGGGGAAGGCCGCCGCCGCCGCUGCUGCUGCCCGGCGUGCGAGAGGCUGGGGUGCGUCCGCCCAGUGCGCAGGCCUCCCCCGGCGUGGCCUUCGCUGGCGCCCUCCUGGGGCCACGUCUACGGCGGGCAGAAGACGGAUGGCGGCGCGGGUGGCGCGAGCUGCGUUCGCAAGCCGAUGCCGUGGUCCCUUGGACGCUGGGGCUCGUCUGGCAGUGCCAACGAGAAAGUUGCGUUUGUUUGAGGCACAGCCCGGAGAGGGGGUGGGGAGGCUGCUGCUGCUCCUGCUGCUCCUGCUGCGUUGGCUGCUGUGGCCUCAGACUAACAGUGGGAGAUGCUGUCGGUGUUGUUAUUCAAUUGUACACAAGUUUAAAGAGCACAUCGUUUCACCGUCGUUAAAAUGGGCUGGUUUUUCAGUACAGCAUGGUUAUAUAUCGUUCACUUUUUUAUGUAAGCCUGAUGUUGUUGAAAGCAGUUAAAAGAGAAAAAGGGGAAAAAAAACAAGAAUAACUUAUAGGCCUAUUUGGAAGACUUCAGGGCAAGUCUUGUGAAAUCUGGGGAGGAAGCCCUGAAGAGCCGGGCCACAGAGCCCCCGUGUGUGGACCGAGCCGUCACUUUGCUCCACGGACUAUCUUCGCUCCUCGUGGUGACCUGACAGCCGAAGGGAAUCACUGCUGAUGAGGAACUGAAACUUUGUGAACUGCAGUGCAUGUUCACGACAAAUACAUGUGUCUUUUUUACGUAUCUUUUUUGUCUAUGUUUAUGUUUUAAGUUUAUGUUUACUGUCUUGCAGAGCGGACUAUGGCUGAAGCCACUUGGUAAAAUACUGUAGAGUGUGUUUUUUUUCCCCACGUGUGGACGCAUUAUUCUUCAAGGAUGACGUCAUGGUAAUUUCUAAAAAAAAUGUAGUACGUCAAUUUUACGGUGCGUUUGGAUGUUGUCCGUAAAGUUGGUUUGGGUUUGCUUGUCAUUUUAAAAUAAUAUAUUUUCCCUGUUGAACAGAACACUUGUGGUUUGUCUUAUUAACGUUCGAUAUUAUUUAAUGUGUCCACGACACUUCCGGCAAUGUCAUUCGGAUAUUUUUUACAGAACACCUCCAGCAGAACUUUAAAACCAUAUGACAAGUAAUGUUAAUAACCCUUUCCCAAUUGGGAUGACGUACAUCUACAUGUACGUCAUCCGUUUUUCUUUUGAUUCUGUUCCGAUGAUGUACAUGUGCAUAUUUUUUUUUGUUAUGUGCAUGCAUUUGAAUAUUGCCUGGAGCCAUUCUAUAUUAAGUGUGGUUAUUAAGUUAGCGUUUUUGUGCACACACGUACGUGUCCAUCAUCACAACGGAAUCGGAAGGGAAACUUUAUCGGUACGUCUUCAAGUCGGAAGACGUACCGAGGCUCCCUCAAGGCCAUGCGGGGGAUUGCGUGGGACAAUUUGGCUGCAGCUAUCACAGAGUGCGGUCGUGCUACUACAGUUCUCUGCAGUCAGUACAAUGUCUUUAAAAACAAUGGCUCUCUGCCUUUCUAAAUAAAAUUCAUGCUAACUGCUUGUGCAUUCCGAGAUUCAGUGGUGAACGAAACCUACCUUGCAACUUGCGGAAGUCUUGGAGUGGGAAAUGGUUAAUUUCAUGAAGCAUUUAAAGUACUUUAUUACGAUUUAUUGAUGAGGGUAAGGCAUGCAAUAAAUAAAACGUUGCAAACGCUUUCCUGAUAACCGCUAGACAUGGAAUGUGGUAGAUCAGUUCUUUCUUCAGAAUGAAAACUACUCUUACAAAUGUAUUUGUUUAUCUGUGACCACUGAUCCCACAUAUCGGAUGUGCAUAUUUAUUUUAUAAUAUGCAGGAAUGUUUAUAUUGGCUGUGGCCAUUCCAUAUUAAGUGUGGUUAUGAAGUUAGUGGUUUUGUGCACAAAUUCUUUUUUAAAGCUCCAUUCAGUUAUGCAGUUCCAUGUCCCUCUCUCGGCUACAGAUGUCCUGAGAUAAAAGUUUAAUACGAUUUAUAUUUACCACACGGCUACCAUUAGCACAGUAUUUACAAUGUUAAAAGUAGCUGUGCUGUUUUUGUCUAACCAAGGCAGGGAAAAUAACAUUUUUCAAUGCACGUUGUCCCCACGAGGGUUUUAUAUGCGGGAUGGUAUUUUAAACACACAAAAAACAUUGAGAAAAUUCAUUGGAGGAUCUCGCAAUCUGCAAGGCUCGAUGAGAAAGAGAACAACGGAGAAAUGUAUUUGUUUAAAGGGAGAUUAUGCACCUACAAAAGUGACCUUUUAGGCGGUUUAGUUUUGUUUCACAAAGGCUAAGCGUUGAGCGCAAUUCACGUACGUAUGUACGUUGAACGUCUUUCCCACCAUAUGUAGCCGAAAGUGCUAAUCAGAGCUGCGGGAAAUCGGAGUGCAGCAGUUUUAGUUUUUGUCCAAGCGACGUGCGGAGUCUGCUUGGCCUGCCGCCUUCGGUCCGUUCCUGCGGCCCUCACGAAAAACAGCGUCAUGCAGCGGACCACGCAGCCCCAGCUCCUAUUUUACAAAAACAAACAUUCCCCUGUUUUCUUUACAUAUUAUCAUGCGCAAAGUCCACACAUUGUGCGGACCAAUCCGUUAUAUUUUUUUGUUUAAACGCACGCUGUGUAUUUAUUUCUUCUCGUCUUUGACAGCGUGUCCCCGUGGCAGUGUGGAAGCACGGGGGAAGUGAAAGUCCACAAGUUGGAAACCCAACUUAAAACAGCGGAGUUAUGGGAAAGGGAUCAGGGUGAACAACAAGCCGGUCUCUCGUUUCUGACAACACAGGGAACAGGACAGCGUGGCGGAAGUGGCGAGGCAGCCAAUAGAGUUCCUGCACUUAGCCCCCACUCACCCUCUUCUCAAGAGGUGUGCUGGGUUUUGAGAUAUGCGUUUAAAAUUCCA